AUGCGCGGGGCCAUCCCGCGGCUCAGCCUGGCGCUGCUGGCGGCGGAGCGAGGGGCGAGGCUCUGUGCCAUCACCCAUUACCUUGUCCAUGGGCAGCUGGGCUGGUUUGGACUGACCAUGGCCUGUGUGGUGCCCGGCUAUGCCGCUCAGCUCCUCAGCAUCCUCUGGUUCCGGGCGGACGGACACCCACCCAGCUGCUGGCUCCUGGUGCUCCACCUCCUCCAGCUGGGCCUUUGGAAGCGGUACUGGGAUGUUUUGCGGAUGGCAGGUGGCAGUGCCCGUGCUGGGGAUGUGCUGACACAGCUCGGGGACGUGUGUGUGCUGCAGCUCCUGGAAGCCCUGUUGCAGACCCUGCCUCACCUCCUGCUCCAGGCCUACGUGGCUGUUGACCCAGUGGGCUUCAUCCCUGGUGUCAGCGCAGGGCUGUCCCUGCUCUCCCUCUCCUGGGCUUUGGCCUCCUACAGCCACUUCACCUGCCUGCUGAAGCCUGGCCACCUCAGCCUGCCGGCCGUGGCCAUGCUCUGCCUGCUGCUCUGGAGGACAGGGAUGCUGGGGACCAGGGUCCUGGCCCUGGUGCUCUUUGCCAGGCUCUACUCCUUUUGGGUUUUCGCUGUGGCAGGUGUCCACUGGUUGCUCAUGUCCUUCUGGCUGGUGGCCCAGCAGACAAAUAUUGUGGUCCACCCGUGCCACUGGAGGCUGUUUAAUGGCCUGGUGGGGGCCGUGUACAUCUUCUGCUACAUCAAUGUCCUACCUGGUCCCUCCAAGACCAGGGUGUCUGUAUUUUAUGCAAUAAUGCUGAUGGAGAACACGCUCCUGCUGCUGUUGGCCACCCGGUUCCUGCAGGCAGAGCUGAGGAACAGCCUGGGUGUGACUGGGGCUGUCAUGUCAGGGUCUGUAAUAGGUGCCACAGCUCUGGUGGUUUAUUACAGCCUGCUCCAUCCCAAGUCCACAGAGAUCUGGCAGGGAUUCCUGGAGACAUCCUGCAGUGCUGCAGCAGCGGGUGAUGAUGAGGUCUCUGGGGAGAGCUCCCAAGCUGGGCAGAGCUCAGGAAUUUCAGGAGAUGAAGAGUCCUUGUCAGGGGAAGGGACCACAGCGGAUCCAAAAACUGGGAACAGCUCAUCGCUCCUGCAAUCCAAAGGGUGUUUGGAGGACAGCUGGACAAACCAUCACCACUGGCUGCUGGUAAAGCUGGCCUUGAAGACAGGAGAUCUGUCUGUGAUCAACGCAGCCUUCGGAGAUGGUGGCGUGGGAGAGGUUUAUCCUGGAGGAUGGAUGAUGGGGAAACUCGCCGGAGUUGAGCCUGGGGCAAACUCUUCUCUCCCCAUGAGAGACAUUGUUCCUCAGGAGGCUGAAUCUGGUCUGACAGUGGGGAAUGGAGGAAGCAUCAAACCCAGCGCCGGCGCUGCAGGAAUGGCACAGGAGGAUGGAGCAGGGCAGGACCCUGUUUUCCCCCCAUCCAUAUCCCAUCCCAGCAGCUUCUCCCCGGAUUCAGCUGAGGGCUCCUCUGUGUAUUUCACUGCCGUUGCAGGAGGCAUCACCUUGCCUGGGACAGGGACAGGCACAGGCACAACAAUGUGCGUGGCCCUGGUGCAAAAGGACAAUGAAGCCCAGCCUUCUCCAGGAUGCCUGAGAGAAGGAGGAGGAGCAGUAGGAAGAGGAGAGGGAGAGGACUUAUCCCUUGGGAUGGCAAGCAUCAGCCCAAUCCUGGGCACUUGUGCCCACAAGCACCUGCAGAGGAGCUUUUCCCUUGGCAACACAGGCAGCUCUGGGGUGGCAGGUCCCCCCAACGAGGGCUCAGAGGGGACAGAGGGUGCCCUCAUGGAGUGGCAUCACCUCUGGGACAUCCACCCUUGUGGCAUGCAGGGGACUGUCAGGAGGAGCAAGCUGAGGUCACCGUGCUUCACCUCCACCCCCAAGGCUGACCCUAAAUGCCCACAGCAAGGACUGGGGGAACUGGGAGAGGGGACAGACCUGUCUGGGUUGCCAGGGUGA